AUGCCGCCCAAGCGAUGGGAGCGGCCUUCCAUGAUGAGUCGCGCGGAGACGCGCAAGGAGGAGCUGGUGCGCUACAUCAAGAGGGAGAUUGAGGACAACAACUUCCUCGGCCUCGUCGGUGCGGAGUUGGACAACAUGGCGAACACGCUGGCAACAUGUGGCUCUCGGCGGGAGUUGUUUGACUGGUGCCAGACGUUGAUGGUCGGGGAGGCGGUGGCGGCGGAGGUGACGAGGCGGCGCGUCGACCGCGGCCCUCCCUUCAAUGACGACCCUGCAGCGGUCGCAACGGCUGAGCCGGGCGCGGGGAGCGCUGCCGGAAAGAGCGGCAGCGGCCGACAGUUGACGGUGGCGGCAAAAAAGGGCGGGAAGAGGCGAGGCGCAGCGUUGCCGAAGGGGACCGGCAAAAGUGGGGCGGCGGCGGCGUUGCAGCCGGGCUUCUUUGAAUGUGGCUGCUUUGCCACAAAGCAUGAGCUCCGUGGGAACUGUGCCAACUGUGGCCGCAUCAUCUGUGAGCAGGAGUCGGACGAGACGUGCUACACCUGUGGGCUGGACCCCGCCACGUGUGUGGCGUAUGAAAUCAAAGUUCAGGAGGGCCUGAUAGGCGCCGCCGCGCUGGAAAAAAAUAAGGACAGCUACGAGGCAGCCGUGAUGAAGCGGGACGAACUCUUGCGCUACGCAGAGACGCGUGCCAAACGCACAACGGUGAUUGACGACCAGGCGGCUGUGCUUCUGUUCCCGAAGCAUGCGUGGAUGUCGCCCAAGGAGCGGCAAAAAGUAGACGAGGAUGAGGCGCUUGCUGAACGGCGUCGCAAAGUAGCCGCAAUGCACCGCGCCACUGGGGCGUAUAAAAUGCAUUCGGAUAUCGUGAGCCAGAACGUCAAUCUAGGCCUCCGAGAAGGAGCAGCAGUGGCGCAGAGUAGUGGCGCCUCCUCUGCGGCGUCCACGCGUGACGCUGACGGCGACGAGGAAGAGGAAGAGGAAGUCGCCGCGGAGGAGGCACGGGCGUUGCCGCUUCCUUCCCUUAUGCAAAAGAUAUGGUACAGUUUGGAUGGCGGCGUCGACACCACCUCCGCGGCGCGUGGCACCGCCGCCACAAACGUCGAGGGGACUCUGGAGAAAAAACCCGCAGUACGCCACGUGGUGGAACUGUCGCGUCGCGUGCAACAGGACUACUACGAAGAGGACGCCCGCCUAUUCCGGGAGGCAGAGCGGGAACGAGGAGAGGAGCUCGCUGACGCUGAAUUGUGUGGUCCUGGGGCGGCGUGUGCCGGUGAUAACGGGGAAGAGGCGGCCACGGAGGAGGCAAACGCGGCAGCGGGAGAGGAGACAGCGGUGGGGCCAACGACGGCGGACAUUGCCGUUGGCCGCCUCACACCGUCACCCGCGAUGCGCUUGAACGACGACGGUGUCUGUCUCUCCAUGCACCAGCCAUGGGCGGGGCUACUUGUCGCUGGCAUCAAGCGCCACGAGGGGCGGGUGUGGCCAACCGAUUAUAGAGGCCGUCUUUGGAUCCACGCGGCCUCCGCACGGCCAGACGACGUUGGAGAAGUGGAGAAGCACUACUCAAAGUUCAUGACACCCGCACAACACUUCCCAAAACACUACCCAACACGCGUGUUGCUUGGCUACGUCUACCUAGUGGAGUGCGUCGACAGUGAAACGUACAACCAGAUGUUUGCCGAGGAGCAGCGGCAGGAGGAGUCCCCCUUCACGUUCAUCUGCGCAGAAGCCAAGGCAUUGCCGUUUCCGUUGCCCAUGAACGGCGAUCAUAAGUUGUUUCGCAUGGAUCACAAGGUGCACACAGCCGCGCGAAAGCAACUUCUAGAGAUUAUGUGA